GACAUGGAUACAUGGAAUCCAUCCAGCAAUGACUCCAGGAAAGCCUACAAGAACGAAACAUGUGAUUCAUUGGAAAACACCAACAGCCCUUUCCUUGCGAUGAUUUACAGUCUAUUGUUCUUGGUGGGUUUGAUCCUCAACUGCUUCACUUUGAGGUUUCACUGCCGUGGAAAUCGUAUUCAGGUUUCAAAGAGCUGGAUGAUCUACCUGAAACAUCUGACAGCUGCUGACUUUUUACUAUGUGCAAGUCUCCCGAUGCGAAUUGUGAAAUUCACCAGCAGCUCAAACAAUAUUUUCGUGCUCUACUGCAGCAUCGGAGCCCCACUCCUGUUUGUUAACAUGAGUGCUAGCAUCCUAUUCAUGGGCUUCAUUGCAGCUAACAGGUAUAUGAAGAUCUUUUAUAAUUCAGGAACUCACUUCCUGAUGACUACCAAAGCCAGCCACAUCAUCUCAAUUGCCACCUGGAUUUUUCUCCUGAGCAUAGAAACACCAUACAGCAUCCUGUUGCUAAGCUCCGAUGUACCAACUAAAAAUCUCAGCACCUGUAAUGAUCUGCUAACUAACCAUACAAAACCACUGUAUGUAGUCAUCCUUGCUAUUAAUUUUACUUUCUUCUUCGUAGUGCUCUUCUCUUUACUCUUCUUUUACUGCAGCGCCUGCUGCAGGGUGAGUGAGAUCCAGCAGAAGCAGCUGGGAUCCCCUAACUCCAAAAAACUUGUAAAAUCUCGCAGGAAUAUGUUGGUGUUAGUCUGUGUUUUCUGCUUUUGCUUUGUUCCUUAUCAUGUUGUUCGAAUUUUGUACAUUCUAUUGCACGGACACUGUUCAGAGACAUUUUACUACAUUAAGGAGGUGGCUGUCUCAUUAUCAGUUUGUAAUAUCUGUCUGGAUCCUCUUAUGUAUGUUUUUCUUUGUAAGGGCUUCAGGGCUCAGCUUAACCUGAAUCGCAUGCUAUCCGCAAAAGACAACAAAAAUACCUUGGCUUUAGAGCAACGAAACAGGGGGAUCAAUGAAACACCAACACACCCGCAGAUCUCCUGGGUCACUAACAGACAUGCCCGGAACACCUCCGAGGGAGGCGAUCAGGAGGCAUCCAAAACAGAGCUGGCUCCUUUCGACGUGGAGGAGCAACGACUCUACUCUGAGCUUCUAUUGGAGAGGGACCACCAACCCUGUCUGCCAAUCCAGGGAUACUGUCCCCGACUGCCAUGCAAUAUUGCAGAGACAUGUCAGCCAAGACAAUCCUACAACAGCCAGAGACUUAAGGUGCUCAGGACGAAUCUCAUUCACCCCCGGGGCCCUGCCAUCGAGAAGCUUUCUAACUACCUCAGUGCUCGCCUGGCUGAUGGGCGUGGCGAUGGGAUUGAGGAGAUCCUCAAACUACUCCUUCCACCGCCCAACAACAUCCCUAGUCGAGGUCAGCAGCUCCUCAGCCGCGCUGUAAACAGCCGACUGCAUGAGCUGCAGCACGCCUGGCCUGCCAGUACCUCUCAGCUGACUACAGAGUCCAACUAG